AUGUUCAGAAACUACAUUUCAAAGAACAUUCAACGUCCAGUCAAAUUCGCUAGAGCCUACGCUUCUGCACCAACGAGCGUUUAUCAAGGCAACAAGGACGCAAACGGAAACUACACAGUUACAUUGAUUCCAGGUGAUGGUAUCGGUAAUGAAAUCUCAGACGCUGUGAAGAAAAUCUACGAAGCAGCAAAGGUCCCAAUCAAGUGGGAAGAAGUAGACGUUACUCCUUCACUCGUCAACGGAAAAUCAACUAUCCCUCAAUACUCAAUAGACUCGAUAAAGGCAAACACUAUCGCAUUAAAAGGUCCUUUAGCUACCCCAGUCGGUAAAGGCCACGUCAGUUUGAACUUGACCCUGAGAAGAACUUUCAACCUCUUCGCCAACGUCCGUCCAUGCUUGUCUAUACCUGGUUAUAAGACACCUUACGACGACGUUGAUACUGUCCUUAUCCGUGAAAACACUGAAGGUGAAUACUCGGGUAUUGAGCAUGAAGUCGUCGAUGGCGUUGUCCAGUCUAUCAAGUUAAUCACCUUCGAAGCUUCCGAGCGUGUUGCAAGAUACGCUUUCCACCACGCUUCAACCCAAAACCGUAAGCGUGUCACUGCUGUUCACAAGGCCAACAUUAUGAGGCUGUCAGAUGGUAUGUUCCUUCAAGCUUGCCGUCAAGUCGCAAAGGAAUACCCUGAUGUCAAAUACGAUGAGGAUUUGUUAGACCGCGCUUGUUUAGCUAUCACUACCGACCCAUCUCCAUUCUCUGACAGAGUUAUGGUUAUGCCCAACCUUUACGGUGACAUCCUUUCAGACAUGUGUGCUGGUUUGAUUGGUGGUCUCGGUCUUACUCCUUCAGGUAACAUUGGUAAAGAUGCUUCUAUCUUCGAAGCUGUACACGGAUCUGCUCCUGAUAUUGCCGGUAAAGGUCUUGCUAACCCAACUGCUCUCCUUCUUUCAUCCAUCAUGAUGUUGCGUCACAUGAACCUCUUUGAACAUGCUGACAAGAUUGAGCGUGCUGCUCUAACAACUAUCAGAGAAGGCAAGACUAUCACUCGUGAUCUCGGUGGUAGCUCAAGCACAAAUGAAUACGCAGAUGCCAUCAUUAAGAAACUCUAG